AAAAAAAAAAAAAAAACAGUGUGACGAAUGUUCGCUGUCUUUAGGCUACCCCGAAACCGGAAGUACGAUUUAGCUAGUUCGACGCGAGCUUGUCGAAGUCCAUUCCAAGCAAACUUCACAAGGCAGCGGCUUCAAAAGUUCAGGGCGGACUCCAAACGAUAACAUUCCAAUGUAAACAAACGUGUCUUCGUCUUGACCUCGCUGUAAAGGUAAAGGAAAAGGCGCUGGGCGGUUUUGAUUUGACCUAGAUUUAAUUAAAGCUAGCUAAAGUAACCGCCAGGUAACUAAUCCCGGUCAAUAAUUAAUCCGCCUUCUUAAUCCAUUUAUUGUCGUCCUGGCCCAAUGAAGGAGGAGGAGGAAAGAGGAGUGUCCCACUUGUUGGCACAGGAACUCUUGACUUGUCGCUCUUGUUGCUCUGACAUGUUUGGCGGCGGCGCGGCCAGAAGUGGCAGAAGUUAGCGGAGCCUUUCGUGAACGAACGGGACAAAGCGAUGGCUCGCUGUCGGAGAAAGAGCCGGCUCACUUUCAAGGGGCUCCUGGCAGCUGCCGCCGUGUUGGCGCUCUUCUAUUAUUUCGGGGACUUUUCUCCGGGCGCCAACGUCGACCUGCAACGGAAAGCCCACACAGGUGGAGGAGGAGGAGGAGGAGGAGGAGAAGGAGGAGGGGGGGAGGUAGAGCUGAGCAGGCCGGUGUACGAAAAGCCCCCCCUGGACCCCAGCGCCCCCGGGGAGAUGGGCGCAGCUGUCCUCCUGCAGCUGGACGAGGAGGAGAAGCGGAAAGAGGAGGAGAUCUUGGCCAAGCAUCAGAUCAACAUUUAUGUCAGCGACAAGAUCUCCGUGCAUCGCCAUCUGCCAGAGAGGAGGAACCCGCUCUGCCUGGACCUGCACUACGACUACACGUCCCUGCCCACCACCUCGGUGGUCAUCGCCUUCUACAACGAGGCCUGGUCCACGCUGAUCAGGACCGUCCACAGCGUCCUGGAGACGUCUCCGGACAUCCUGCUCAAGGAGCUGGUGCUGGUGGACGACUACAGCGACAGAGCUCACCUGAAGGCGCCGCUGGAGAAGUACCUGUCGAGCCUGAGGAAGGUGCGCCUGGUGCGGGCCACCCAGAGGCAGGGCCUGGUGCGAGCCCGCCUGCUGGGAGCCGCCCUCACCACGGGCGAUGUGCUGACCUUCCUGGACUGCCACUGCGAGUGUCACCAGGGCUGGCUGGAGCCCCUCCUCCAAAGGAUCAAAGAGAAGCCGUCGGCCGUGGUGUGUCCCAUCAUCGACUCCAUCAACUGGAACACCUUUGAGUUCUUGGGCCACCCAGGUGAGCCCAGCAUCGGGGGCUUUGACUGGCGGAUGGUCUUCACCUGGCACGCCAUCCCCCAGUUUGAGAAGACACGCCGCCUUUCGCCUACUGAUGUCAUCAGGUCUCCGACUAUGGCCGGGGGUUUGCUCUCCAUCGACAAGAAGUAUUUCCACUACCUGGGGACGUACGACACUGGAAUGGAGGUGUGGGGAGGAGAGAACUUGGAGAUGUCCUUCAGGAUCUGGCAGUGCGGCGGAAGCCUGGAGAUCCACCCGUGCUCCCACGUGGGCCACGUCUUCCCCAAGAAGGCGCCGUACCCGCGCACCCAAGCCCUGGCCAACAGCGUGCGGGCCGCCGAAGUGUGGAUGGACGAGCAUAAAAUGAUCUACUACAACCGCAACCCCCGCGCCAAAGUGGAGCCCUUCGGCGACGUGUCUGAGCGACUGGUUCUCCGAGAGAAGCUGGGCUGUAAGAACUUCAAGUGGUACCUGGACAACGUCUUCCCGCAGCUCCACGUGCCGGAGGACCGGCCGGGCUUCUUCGGAAUGCUGAAGAACUUGGCCCUGGAGAGCUACUGCUUGGACUACCCUCUGGAUGACAGCUGCGCAUUUGGCAAAAGGGUCACCAUGUACCCGUGCCACGGCAUGGGCCAGAACCAGUUCUUCGAGUUCACCAGCCAAGGAGAGCUCCAAUUCAACGCCCAGGUGCCCGCCGGCUGCGUGGAGUGCGAUGUGGUCAGCACCUACCUGACGGUCCAAGAGUGCAGGAAGCCCGGCAUGGCCCAGCACAAGUUCCAGCUCAGAGAGGAUGGCAGCUUGUUCCACGAGGUCAGCCAGAUGUGCGUGCAAGUGGUGGACAAGCUCCCGGCCCUGCGGCCCUGCUUCAACACCAAUGACCAGAAGUGGUUCUUCCAGGAGGGAGCGUAACAGAACUUUGCCUACUUUUAUUGUUGCUCACUGCCUUGCAGCCUCAGGGAUUUUAUAGAUCCUGAAAAAAGAUGCCAGAUGAAGAACAGCCUCCUCUUUCAUUGUGCCUCCAUCUGGACAAACACUCCAUGCUUGGCCUGCAGAGGGCGCUGCUGCUCCUCCAUGGAGCCUGCAUUGCUCCUUCAGGUGGGGAUUCUGCUCAUUAGGAACGCUUUUUCUUUUACAAGUCUGUCUACUGCGGUACUACCCCCAUUUGGCUAGUGAUGGGUCAAACGACGCCAUGUGUGCGUCACUUUAAGAAAAAAGAACAUGUGAUAUUGACUGUGAGGCGCAAAACUUUUUUUUCUUGUUUUCUUUAAUUAUUUUAUUUUAUUUACAAAAAUCACGCAGAAUAUUAAUCACUCUAACAACUAAGUUUUUUAUUUUUUUAUGAAAUGUUAUUUUAUUUACAAAAAUCACACAGAAUAAUAAUCACUCAAAUCCCUAAGUUUUUCUUUUUUCUUUUUUUUAAUUAAAUAUUACUUUAUUUACGAAAAUAACAAAAAAUAUAAAUCACCCUAUAUUAACUAAAUUUAAGUUUUUUAUGAACGUUUUUUACUAAGUUUUAUUAAAUAGUAUUUUAUUUACACAAAUCACAUAUGAAUAUGAGUCCCGCUAAUAAUUUAGUUUUUUUGUUUUGUUCUUGUUUAUUAAAUGUUAUUUUAUUUACAAAAAUCACACAGAAUAUUAAUCACUCAAAUCCUUAAGUUUUUCUUUUUUCUUUUUUUUUCAUUAAAUUUUUCUUUAUUUACAAAAAUAACAAAGAAUAUAAAUCACCCUGUUAACUAAAUUCAAGUUUUUUUAAUUAAAUUUUAUUAAAUUGUUUUUUAUUUACACAAAUCACAUAUGAACAUGAAUCACUCU